AUGUUUUCUGCUGCUCGUUCAGACACUCUUUUCCUUGGAGGAGAGAAGGUCAGUGGCGAUGAUAUCAGAAACCAAAACGUACUUGCUGCUCAGGCAGUAGCAAAUGUCGUUAAGUCAUCUCUGGGACCGGUUGGUCUUGAUAAGAUGCUUGUUGAUGAUAUCGGUGAUGUCACUGUCACCAAUGACGGUGCCACCAUCCUGUCGCUUCUGGACGUUCAACACCCAGCCGGCAAGAUUCUCGUGGAAUUGGCCCAACAGCAGGACCGUGAAGUCGGUGAUGGUACCACAUCUGUAGUGAUCAUUGCUGCUGAGCUGAUGAAGCGUGCCAAUGAACUUGUCAAGGACAAGAUUCACCCAACCACCAUCAUCACAGGCUACAGAGUUGCACUUAGAGAGGCAACCAAAUACAUAAAUGAGGUUCUUUCGCAACCGGUGGGUGUGUUAGGAAGGGAAUCGUUGAUUAACAUUGCCAAGACGUCGAUGUCGAGUAAAAUCAUUGGUGCUGACUCAGAGUUCUUCAGUAAAAUGGUGGUUGAUGCCAUGAUGUCGGUGAAGACCACGAACUUGAAGGGCGAAACUAAAUACCCGGUGAAGGCUGUGAAUAUCUUGAAGGCACACGGAAAGUCUGCUAUAGAGUCCAUGUUGGUGAACGGUUAUGCUUUGAACUGUACUGUUGCCUCUCAGGCUAUGGUCAAGAAGGUGACAGGUGCCAAGAUCGCCUGUUUGGAUAUCAACUUGCAGAAGGCGCGUAUGGCCAUGGGAGUUCAGAUCAACAUAGACGAUCCAGAGCAAUUGGAGGAGAUAAGGAAAAGAGAAUACGGAAUAGUGAUUGAACGUAUCAGAAAGAUCAUUGAUGCUGGUGCCAAUGUGGUUCUGACUACUAAGGGCAUUGAUGAUCUCUGUCUAAAAGAGUUUGUCGAGAGCGGUGUCAUGGCUGUGAGGCGUUGCCAAAGAGAGGACCUCAGGAGAAUUGCCAGAGCUACUGGUGCCACUUUCAUUGGAAGCAUGAGUAAUCUCGAGGGAGACGAAACUUUUGAGUCCAGUUAUCUCGGUUAUGCCGAGGAGGUUGUGCAAGAGAGAAUCUCCGAUGACGAGUGUAUUCUUGUGAAAGGCACUAAAGCGCAUUCCUCGUCCUCGAUUGUUUUGCGUGGUCCAAACGACUACACUUUGGAUGAAAUGGAGAGAUCGUUGCACGAUUCGCUGAGUGUCGUCAAGAGAACGCUGGAAUCCGGCAACGUUGUUCCCGGUGGAGGUGCAGUGGAGGUGGCCUUGAACAUAUAUCUUGAAAGUUUCGCCACAACUGUGGGUUCAAGAGAGCAGCUUGCAAUUGCUGAGUUUGCCAACGCUCUGUUAGUUAUCCCAAAAACUUUGGCUGUGAAUGCUGCAAAGGAUUCUUCGGACCUGGUUGCCAAACUACGUGCGUAUCACGUGUCAUCCCAGAAAGCUGCACCUGCUGAUCUGAAGAAGAAGAAUUACAAGAACUACGGUUUGAAUUUGAUCAAAGGAAAGAUCGUGGAUGAGGUAUUGUAUGGAGUGUUGGAACCAACUGAGAGUAAGAUCAAGUCGUUGAAGAGUGCUCUUGAGGCGUGUAUUGCCAUUCUCAGAAUCGACACCAUGAUAACGGUUGAUCCUGAACCUCCAAAGGAGGACCCUCAUGAUCAUUAA